AUGACCUCUCUAAUUCCCCGUGAGCCCUACACCCAGGAUGAACUUGCUCGCCUGUACCCAAAAGAGCUGAAGCUGCAACUGGUGCAAGUGUUCCUUCGCCAUGGCGAACGCACCCCCGUGUCCUCAAGAUUCACAAAUACAGGCCUGACACCAUACUGGCCGUAUUGCGGCGUUGCAAAACGCAUGGUACAGAUGGCCUCGAGCAGUAAGGACCUAUCGGCAUGGAACGGAUUCCAAUGGCGACGGAAGAUGGAGACUUUCGGCAACGAUGACAAGGCAACAAUUGCCAGAGGACCGGGCUCAGAAGUUGAAGGGAUGUGCACGCACGGCGAGCUCACAAAUAAGGGCCGCGAGACGACGUAUGCGCUCGGACAACGCUUGCGCCAUCUUUAUGUCGAUCAGCUUGGUUUCAUGCCCGAGAUUAAGUCCAAUGCCGAGGAUAUGUACCUGCGCGCGACGCCGAUCCCCCGCGCUCUGGAGUCUCUCCAGGAAGCGUUCUGGGGUAUGUACCCGGCUAGUGCGCGGACGCUCGAUUUCCCGCCGCCGGUGAUUGUGGCUCGUCAAUUUAAUGAGGAGACGUUGUUUCCCAAUGAGGGGGGUUGUAAGCGGUUCCGACAGCUGGCUCGGCUUUUUGCCGAUCGUGCCGCUGCACGAUGGAAUGACUCUGAGCAAAUGGCUUAUCUAAACAGUCUUUGGUCAAAGCACAUGCCAGAAGAAUCACCCAAGGUUGCUGUUGAUUCCCACCCCCGACUUUCUGGAAUCAUGGAUACCAUCAAUGCCACCGAUGCCCAUGGACCUGGCACGAAGCUCCCAUCUGAGUUUUAUGACAAGAAGGGACGUGCCGUUGUCGAUCGGAUCGCAGUCGAAGAGUGGUUUGCCGGUUACGGCGAGAGCAGCGAGUACCGCAAGCUGGGAAUUGGAGCUCUCAUGGGCGAUGUGGUUGACCGCAUGGUCAGCACCGCUGUGGAGGGUGGCUGGCGCAGCGAAACCGCUGCAUCUGGGUCCGGCGAUCCAGAGACCGGGAAGGCGAUCAAGUUUGCAAUGAGCGGCUGCCACGACACCACGCUUGCAGCGAUGCUGUCUAGCGUCGGCGGGUUCCAGGACGAGUCCUGGCCUCCUUUCACUUCCUCUGUUGCAGUCGAACUCUUCUCACAGGCUCCUCGCUCCGCCUCCACCGCUGGCACCAUGCUUGAGAAGUUUUCCAAUCCCUCCAUUGAAGCCAAGAAGUCUGGGGUCCUCUCCAAGCUGUUUGGUAAGUCCGCACCGAGCCAGCCCACCUCGUCCGAGACCGCUCGCACACCUCUCUCCUCUUUGCCUGGUGGUACUCGCGAGUCUCUUCAGAAGCACUAUGUCCGCAUCCGCUACAAUGACCGACCCGUUACCAUCCCCGGCUGCGCUGCCAAGCCCGAGAACCACCUGCCUGGCGACGAGACAUUCUGCACGUUGGACGCCUUCAAGGCGAUUGUUGAUAAGUUCACCCCGAAUGACUGGCAGAUCGAGUGCACACAGAACAUUGGUGCCGGUUUGCACGGUCCAGCUGAUAGUGCUAAGUCCGUUGCCGGCUUCUAA